CAGUGUUCGACGCGACCUUGAAAGGCGCGGUUCAUUGCAUUCCAAGCCGAUGGUCCCGUUCCUUCUCCUGUUUUUGGUGGUUUCGGCGUCCGGUUCCAGGUUGGACGAUUGUACAAACAGCUGUACGGCUUCACCAAAACAGGAUGCCUGUUCACAAGGAUGUUAUUAUGCAUACGCAUUAACUCACGCGCCCGAAGACCCAAAACUUCGCCCCACGUGCAAGAAAUCUUGUGAGGAUAACUACACAGGAGAGGAUGAAAAAGCUUGCGAAACUGGUUGCGAGCAGUUCGAAACCACUGAUGGUUCGUUUGGUGCAUUUGGCCUCAUGAAUGUUUUCCGUGACUUUGUGUCACAAAUGUUAUCCGGCAAACCGGAUGAUACCGCCAACGCCAACACCGAAUUAAACUCGGAACCGGUAGUUGUGUCGCGAAUUCGGAUUUUCAUACCUAUCGAGGAAGGAGAUUCGACCGCGGAGGACGUUCUUCCACAUGCGCCAGUCCAACCGAAUGAAAAGGCAGGGUCACAAUCUGAUCAAGUGCCACAUCACAUGAUGUUCGCUCAUCAAGCUCCCGUUAAUUCGAACUCGCUCGUGCUGUGUGUACGUCGCCGUUACGGUACUUCACGUGGCUACCGAUAUGCUCCACUGCCAACUUAUGCAGAAGCUACCAACAUCAAGGUUGCAAUCGUUGGUGAUACUGAUGAACUGAAGCAACCACUGAAACAAGAGGAUGCUUGAUUUUUUGGAUUGAUACCACAGCCGGAGUUCCCGAAGUAACCCUGCUUAGUUUGGCCCCUCUUGAUGCUACUCGUUGUUGCUGUGCCCCUUUUGGAAUACGUUCCUCAUUUUUUUCCACAGACGUCGGUGUGCUGUGACGCGAUUAUUUUGAUGCUUUUGGUCCUCUUUGACGCUCCUGUUUGGAACGUGACCAGUGUGAUAAUGCGCGUUGUCAUUCAAGCGCAGGCACCCAUUCUCUCAAUGGGUGCCCAACACCUCUCGCUUUUGUUUCAUUGCCUGUUUUCCUUUCGUUUGUAUUUCACUUUUGCUGAGGGCUUCUUUGUUAACUCAAUAUACGCAGCACAGAUUGUGCAGUAUUGCCUUUUUUGAGUUCGAA